GGAGUCUUCGACAUGUUGUGUUACGUCACAUGGUGGGAGAAGAUCCUUGUGCAUAUCAUUAUCACCGGUGCAUUCUUUUUCUAUCGCAAUCUAAUGAAGAACUUGUUAAAAUCGCUGUGGACAUAUGUGUCCCUCAAGCGUGAACAUAGACGUUCGAAUGUCGCAGAGAAUACACCGCCACGCUCGCGUGCUGCAAAGCCGCGCUCGUGUGUUGAGAAGUCGAGUUGCGGUAAGGUCGUCGUCGUUGAUGAACAGGCUCGUCCGCUGCCCCACGGAUAUUUGAAGAACUCGAAAGACUCAUACUAUGCACUGUAUUUCCGUUAGAAAAGCAAAGAUAACCUUAAGGGACCCGUCA